AUGGAUCCAGCACUCCCGCGAUUUCUGGCGCGCAUGAUUCUGUCAACGACUCCGCAACAAGCCUUUGAACAGGUAGACGAACUUAUCUUGCAGGCUUCAGCUCUGCGAGAACAGGCCCAAGAGCUCCAAGAACAGAUCAACUUCCUCAACGAUCGAGCCGACUGUCUGACCGCAACCGCUGAGGGUCUUCAGCAAAUCGCAGAGCAGGACCGCGACGCUAUACAGACCAUGUUUGAAAGAUCACUCUGUGCCUACAAGCACAUGUAUGCUGUUUAUGUUUCGGCGCCUCGAAAAGAAGCACGUUUCAAUGACAUCAGAACACGCUCGGAGGAUGGAAUGGUGACUAUGGAAGAGAUGGAGGCGUUCCUUGAAGAUGUAUACCAGUACUUCCUCGUCACAUCCGAGCGAGUACAGAGAUCGGCCGCACCCGAGCCCGAAAGUCCGCCAAGCGUUUUGGAUACAGCAGAAGCUCAAAAUCAGUCGGUAAUGGAAUUGACUACUAAACAAGAUCUGAAACGAAAGUUCGCCGCUUUUCAAGAGGAAGAUGAGAGUGGGGUUGAGACGGACUCGCAAAGAUCCAAAGUUGUCAACGAUGGUGUCGUGUCGGAUGACGAGGCUUCCUCGGACGAAGACGAAGAAGAUGGAUCGGCCACCAAUGCCGAAACACAAGAUGAGAACAGCGGUGGAAGCACAACACAGACGGAAGAAAGCUCGGACGGAGACACGGAGUCGGCCAGUGACGAUCCUGAUGCCGACAACGUUGAUACCGAGGCGGCUAGUUCAUCCGAUAACGAUACAGGAUCCGUCCUAUCUACGGGCUCUCAUACAGCCGUCAACAUCAUCGAACCAAAUACUAAGAAUCAUUCAGAUCGCAGCUCAUCUCACAGCGUCCAACCUCUUUCGUCCUCGACCUCGAGCAGCCAUACUCUUGCGCAUUCGGCUUCUGGAAACCCGAGCACGAAUUUUUCAUUCCGCGAGAGAGGCUAUCAGAAGAAUAUGACCACGGACGUAGGCAAUGGCAAAGGCAAGAAGGAUGUGCUCAGCGGAUGGGGCACGAGCAAGGGAGCAAAACAACGUCGUCAGAAGCGCUUGAAAGAGGGCUUCAUUUGGAACGAGUCUCAAUAUCGAUGGCAACGCCCAAGCCAUAACGCCUGA